GUGUUGAGUACUAAUUAAUUGCAUUGCUAGCACCUUUCAAAAAAUUAAAGGAUGGUUUAAAAAUGAUAGAGGUUAAUGUAUAUUUUAUCUUAAGAACGCCUCCAAGAUGAUCAAAUAAGAUAAAAUCCAUCUAAUUCAAUUCAAGCACCUAAAUAUUCAUGAGGAUGAGUAAGAUCAUCAAAAUCUAAAUGGCAUCUUCUAAAAGUUAAUGAUAUUCCAUUACUUUUUUAAUGACAUUAGUACCUUAAAAUUAGAGAUACUGAUCGAUGAAAGAAAAGUGCCAUUAUUGAAUAUUACAUAAUACAUAAUUUUUAAUCAAAAUUAUAAAAUCAGUACAAUUACAUCUUCUUUCAAGUCAAUAAUUUAUUAUAUACAUCAUUUUAUUUUUAACUAGAUUCUAAUUUAUAAUUUAUAACUGUCUCAUUUAUUAUUUUUUUAAAUAUAUCAAAUAAAUGCUUUAACCUUUAAAAUGGGCCCAAAUUUAUAAUUAAGGAAAUAAUUUUAGCUAGAUACUUGA